UAUGCGGAGAAUCUGCUAACCGCUAACUCAUACCCCACCUUUUCACUUUUCUGUUAAUUUGAGUUUGAUACAGUCAACUUUAGGGUUACCCCAUGUUAACUUAACAUAGACUAGAAGAAGCCUCACCAAGAAUUCUGCUGGACUGAUCCAUCUCUGACUCGAUAUGAAAUGGGCUCACUCAAAACUCACACGCCUAGAGAAAUUACGGUAUAUGAGUACGAAGCAGGUUCUUAUGAAGUUCAGGACAAGAGUUUCAAGCCAUAAUUAAUGAAUCCUUUUACACUGCCACUGGUCUUCCCGCUUCGGUUGUGGUAAAAUCAAGACAAGAAGAGUUAGAAGUAACUGACUUUACAAGGUUGCUGAUUUCUUUGACAUAUUUUUGGAAUAGUGGUGGUUUUGCUGUCAUGUGCUAGCGUUUACAGCAUUGAAAUGGACACCCACUACCUCCCAAACGCUCAACUACGAUAGUGCGCUUUAAAUUAAUGUCAGAUGCCUCGAGCCUAAACACAAGACACAUUUUUUCCAGGUUAUAUGUAGACGUUAUUUACUGGUGGUGCUUUAACUGCAUGCUUUUAUAGGUUUUGGUAUGUAGCUUUUGCUUUAGUUAGUUCCUUCUUUGUGUUUUGAGAGCCUUCGCAAGCAAGGGAAAGAGAGAUGGAAAAACUUUCGGCAUUAAGCCAUCUCUUCUUGACUCACUUUCUUCACUCCUUCUCAACAUCCAUGGUGACUCCAGCCACGACUGAUGUUUUUAUGUCCGCACUUUGUCCUGGAGAAGAUGAAUGCUCCCUGGCCAUUUAUCUAAGUGGACUUCAAAAAACAAUUAUAGGGCUUGGGACGCUGGUAACGAUGCCUUUGAUAGGGAACAUGUCGGACAAGUAUGGUCGGAAAGCUUUGCUUACUGUUCCAAUGAGUCUUAUAAUAGUUCCCUCAGCCAUAUUGGCCUACAGCAGGACCAGGAACUUCUUCUAUGCGUAUUAUGUCGUCAGGACUCUCAUGGCCAUGGUCUGUGAAGGAAGUGUCCAAUGCCUUGCUCUCGCCUAUGUGGCAGACAAUGUUCCGGAGAGUCGGCGAGCCUCGACGUUUGGGAUUCUUUCAGGCAUUGCAUCGUCCGCUUUCGUAUGCGGAAACCUCUCCACUCGUUUCCUCUCCACCUCCUCCACCUUCCAGGUUUCUGCCUUAGUGGCAAUUGCAGCUCUAGUGUACAUGAGGUUUUUUCUUCAGGAAUCCAUCAUCGAUGAACAACUCUCUACGCCAAUACUAACAUAUAAGGGGAACGGGAAAGGAAAAGGAAAAGCUAAUGCUGCAUGCUUUGCACAUGAAAUUCCAAGCAAAAAUGUGCAGGUUUUUAAAUCAGCACCUUCCUUGGAGGAUAUGCUCUGCUUGCUUAAGAGCAGUGUGACCCUUUCGCAAGCUGCUGUUGUUGCAUUUUUCUACAGUCUUGCGGAAGUUGGCCUUCAUGCUUCAUUAAUGUACUAUUUGAAGGCGCAAUUUCACUUUAGCAAGGAUCAAUUUGCUGUUUUGAUGGUGAUUUCUGGGAUUGCAGGGACCGUUUCACAGUUGGUUAUUAUGCCUCUAUUGACUCCUGCUCUUGGAGAAGCAAGGCUGCUUGCAGUGGGGCUCUUUUUUACCUGUGUACAUGUGUUUCUUUACAGCAUAGCGUGGACCUUCUGGGUACCUUAUGUUGCUUCCAUGUUCUCUCUUCUGUUUGUGUUUUCACAACCAUGUAUGCGAAGCAUUGUGUCCAAGCAAGUUGGAUCCUGUGAGCAGGGGAAGGCUCAAGGGUGCAUUUCUGGAAUAAGUUCCUUUGCCAAUGUCAUUUCUCCCUUGGUUUUCUCUCCUUUAACAGCUUUAUUCCUCUCUGAAAGGGCGCCGUUCCCCUUCCCUGGUUUCAGUAUUAUGUGCGUCGGAUUUGCAUCGAUGAUAGCCUUCAUUCAGAGUCUCAUGAUGAGGACCGCUCCUCCCAUUGCAAAUCAAAAGGUCGUUAAUUCCAACUAUGUGGAUGCCUAGUUAUUAAAAAAGUUUCUCAAACAACAGUAAUAGCUUCUCUGGUUUUAAGCUGAGCCCUAGUGUUUUAUAUCCUAUCCUCAAAACCUCCCUGGUAUAUUUGUUUAUGGGGAGUACUAGAAACCAAGAUUGGAAUUUCUAGAAAUCGAAAGUCUCGUCUAGCUACAAUGGAUCCAUGCCAAAUGUAAGUUCCAAACCAUUUCAUCUCUAGACCUGAACCUCCAAGAGCCGACAGCAAGAUGCCAGAGCUUAAAUUCUGGAUGGCAUUAGUGUCAGGUGUUGACAGUGUAGUUUGUAUUAUUAUACAGGGUCUGUGUAUCGCUUGCCCGAAAAGUAACAAACAACUUAAUACAUGGGAAGCAAUGUAUUACUUUUUUUUCAUGUGCACUGUUCUCCGAGGAAGAAAGGGAGAUGUGUAAACGGAUUGUUCGUGUUAAGCCAAAUAUAAACUAGUUUGGCUCCCUGCAAGCAGAUUCUUGGA